AUGAGGCGACCAACCCCCUCCUCCCUCUGGGCCCGUCGCCCGUGGAUGUGCACCCAAUGUCGGUCCCGCUACUCCUCGUCCUAUUCCACCUCCGCCGCUGCUGCCCCGAAUCUCCGCGCUGGCCACAACAAGAAAACCAACCUCCCCGAUGCACCCGCCAGGACGCGAUUCGCGCCGUCUCCCACCGGCUAUCUUCACUUGGGGUCUCUGCGUACGGCGCUGUUUAAUUAUCUGUUGGCGAAGCGCACGGGGGGCCAGUUCCUGCUGCGCAUUGAGGAUACGGAUCAGAAACGGACGAUUCCGGAUGCGGAGCAAAGACUGUAUGACGAUCUUCAUUGGGCUGGGUUGCAUUGGGAUGAAGGUCCCAUUGUUGGCGGUCCAUACGGUCCGUAUAGACAGUCCGAACGAACCGCGAUCUAUCGCAGCCAUGCGCAGGAGCUGAUCAACAACGGCCACGCCUAUCGCUGCUUCUGCUCCGCCGAGCGACUGGACACAUUCGCGAGACAUCGCAGUGAGGCGGGCCUGCCGCCCGGUUACGACCGGAAAUGCGGGGAGGUGUCCGCGGCGGAAUCCGAGGAGAGGGCCGCCAGGGGGGACGCGCAUGUGGUCCGGCUGAAGGUGGAGGGAUACCCCAUGUUCCACGACCUGGUGUACGGCAAGACAGGGCAGAACCGGUCGCCGAAUAAGCUCGAUCUGAUCGAGCGGGUGUACGACGACCCGAUCCUGAUCAAGUCGGACGGACACCCGACGUACCAUCUGGCCAAUGUGGUGGAUGAUCAUUGCAUGAAGAUCACGCACGUCAUCCGUGGCACUGAAUGGAUGCCCUCGACUCCCCUGCACGUUGCACUUUACAACGCCUUCAAGUGGACGCCGCCGCAGUUCGGACAUGUUCCUCUGCUUGUCGACAAGUCGGGACAGAAGCUCAGCAAGCGCAACGCGGACAUCGAUCUCUCCUCUUUCAAGGACACCCAGGGCAUCUUUGCCGCUACUCUCGUGAACUUCGCUGCUCUCCUGGGCUGGUCGCACACCCAGAAGUCCGACGUCUUCAGCCUGGACGAGCUGGAGCAGAUCUUUAACCUCAAAAUCACCCGAGGAAACACCGUCGUGGCCUUCGAAAAGCUAUGGUUCCUGCAGAAAGCGCACGCCCAACGCUUCGCCGCGACCUCCGGCCCCGAAUUCGACGAAAUGGUGACCAAAGUGUCUGAGGUCGUCGAGGCCACCUACCCAGCAGAGCAACUGUAUGCCCCCUACAACCCGCACCCCCCUCCUCCAAUCACGCCCUCUAACAGAAUACAUCGCGCCGCUCCUCCGCGCGGACUCCAAAUCCUACACCAACGCGACCGACUUCACCACCCGAAACUCCACCUUCUUCAGCACCUCCCUCCUCCGCCCCGCCUACACCCCAACCCCCUCCCCCUCCCCCUCCGCCCCCUCAAUCCCUCUCCAAGCCCUCCACACCGCCGCCGCAGCCCUAACCUUGGUCCCCCCACCCACUGGACUCUCGAAACCCACCGCGCCAACAUAACCGCCUACGACGGCUCCUCCUCCUCCUCCUCCACCACCACCGCCCCCUCCGAAACCACAAACCUAAGCGCAGACGAAGCCCUCCAAGCCAAGAAAACCGCCGACAAGGCGUUCAAGAAAGAACUGUACCAUUACCUCCGCUGGGCGCUGUCAGCGGGCGCCCCGGGCCCGGGGAUUCCGGAGACGAUGCAGAUUCUGGGUCGCGAGGAGACGAUCCGUCGCGUGCGGGAGGCGAAGAGGCAGACUAUGGAUUUGGUGCCCUUGCCGACUAGGAGGGCGAAGGGGGAUACCACCCCGUCUGAGUCGGGGGAUGUUUCGUGGAUGGGGUCGUUGGCGCCGGGGCAGUAA